CUCUAAACUGAUUUGUCCAUCCACCUGUCUGUCAAAUACUUCCUGUCAUUGUACUUCCUGGAUUCCUGAAUCAGAAACAUUGUAACAUCACAGUUGAUACCUUCACUGUCCAUGAUUUUCCUUUUUAGAAAUCAUCAUCAUCACCGUCGCCAAAAUCAGGAUCAAUGGCUUUCAGGAAGGCAGUGAAAGGAACCCUAAUAGGGGGCGGAGCCUUAGCAACAGCCUUCAGCCUAUCACAGUUCUUUGAAUACAGGAAGAAUCAGCCUAAAUGGGCCCGGCUAGCAUACGUUGAGGCGCAGGGUGAGCUAAAGGUGCCGUUUAAAGAUGCUCUCCCAACAAGAGAGGAACAGCUUUCAUCGCUACGAAACACAGAGGAGUUUGACAUCUUGGUGGUGGGCGGCGGAGCCACGGGCUCAGGAUGUGCCUUAGAUGCUGUCACACGAAAUCUGAAGACCGCCAUGGUAGAACGGAGCGAUUUUUCAUCGGGCACCAGCAGCAGAAGCACCAAGCUCAUUCACGGAGGAGUCCGCUAUCUGCAGAAAGCCAUCAUGAAACUAGAUUAUGAGCAGUACAUGAUGGUAAAAGAGGCUCUUCAUGAACGUGCCAAUCUGCUGGACAUCGCCCCUCACCUGUCUGCACCUUUACCCAUAAUGCUUCCUGUUUACAAGUGGUGGCAGCUGCCGUAUUACUGGGCCGGCAUUAAAAUGUACGACGUGGUUGCCGGAUCACACUGUCUGAAGAGCAGCUAUGUCCUGAGCAAGAGCAAAGCACUGGAGCUCUUCCCUAUGCUGAAGAAAGACAAACUCGUGGGAGCCAUUGUCUAUUAUGAUGGACAGCACAACGACGCCCGAAUGAACCUGGCCAUCGCUCUUUCAGCGGCCCGUCAUGGUGCUGCAAUUGCUAACUACACAGAGGUGGUUCAUCUGCUAAAGAAACCAGAUCCACAAACAGGCCAAGAGAAAGUUUGUGGAGCCCGCUGCCGAGACACGAUCACAGGGCAGGAGUUCGACGUUCGUGCCAAAUGUGUCAUCAACGCUACCGGCCCCUUCACUGACUCACUGCGCAAAAUGGACAACCAGAAAACUCCCAACAUCUGCCAGCCUAGUGCGGGAGUGCACAUUGUCAUCCCUGGAUACUACAGUCCAGACAACAUGGGUCUGCUAGACCCUGCCACCAGUGAUGGCCGUGUCAUAUUCUUCCUUCCCUGGGAGAAGAUGACUAUCGCCGGCACGACAGACACGCCCACUGAAGUCACAGCCCAUCCCAUCCCUAUGGAGGAGGACAUCAACUUCAUCCUGAACGAAGUCCGCAAUUACCUCAGCCCUGAUGUAGAAGUGCGUCGAGGGGAUGUCCUGGCGGCCUGGAGUGGCAUUCGUCCGCUGGUCACCGACCCCAACUCCAAAGACACACAGUCCAUCUGUCGUAACCACAUCGUCAACAUCAGCGACAGUGGACUCGUCACCAUUGCUGGUGGGAAGUGGACAACCUAUCGUUCCAUGGCUGAGGAGACACUUGAUGCGGCCAUAAAGGCUCAUAACCUCUCAGCCGGGCCCAGCAGGACGGUCGGUCUGAUGCUGGAGGGUGGGAAGGACUGGACCCCCACCCUGUACAUUCGCUUGGUUCAAGACUACGGCUUGGAAAACGAGGUUGCCCAGCACUUGGCAGCCACCUACGGAGGAAGAGCGUUUGAAGUAGCUAAGAUGGCCCACGUGACAGGCAAGAGAUGGCCCAUUCUGGGGAAACGCCUUGUUUCUGAAUUUCCCUACAUUGAGAGUGAGGUGCAGUAUGCUAUAAAGGAGUAUGCAUGUACAGCCAUCGAUGUGAUUGCUCGUCGAACACGACUGGGCUUUCUGAACGUUCAGGCUGCAGACGAGGCUCUGCCACGUAUCGUUGAGAUCAUGGGCAAAGAACUGCAGUGGACCGAGCAGAAAAAGAAAGAAGAACUGGAGGCAGCACAGAAGUUUCUGCACCUGGAGAUGGGUUAUAAAGCUCGCUCUGAGCAGCUCAGCAAGACUUCAGAGAUCUCACUUAAUGCCCAAGAGGUGGCAAGGUAUAAGAAGCGCUUUUACAAAUUUGAUAAGGAGAGUAAAGGCUUUAUCACAACACUGGAUGUCCAGCAAGUGCUAGAGAAACUCAACAUUCAGAUUGAUGAGAACGCCCUCCACGAGAUCCUUAACGAGGUGGACCUCAACAAAAACGGACAAGUGGAACUGGAUGAGUUCUUACAGCUCAUGAGUGCGGUCCAGAGAGGCCAAAUCUCUGACAGUCGUCUGGCUAUCCUGAUGAAGACGGUGGAGGAGGGGCUGGAUCUGAGAGGACCUGUCUCGGUCGACCGCAGUGGAGGCGGCUUUUGAAUCCCAACUACACACCAAAAGAUCCACCAGACAACAGCUCCCACCACAAAGUUGGACAAACACCAAAAAGCUCUGACCGCUGUGCCCACUCCGGUCAGAUCACAAGCACAUCCUCUCAAGUCUUUAACUCACCCAACCGUCUGGCUGCCUUCGACUACACUCGUUUAAAAAAAAAAUCUUGUAAAGCUUUUGUUUUAGCAUGCUUAUUUAAAUGUAUUCGAAUGAAAAAGAUAUUAUUAGAGCGGAAUAUAUUCUUUAAAAAUAUUUCAAAGUGUAUUUGAGAGUAUAUAUUUUUUAUCUAAUGCAUGCAGUGCCAUGUUGUGUGAACUGGAAAGCAUGAUUGUCUUUUUAAUGUUUCUCUGAGCAGCUUUAUCCUGUGAUCUUUCUGUUGUGCCAUUUUAUUCAUGCAGAUUAUUUGCUACUGAACACAGUGAGAUUCAAGGGCUCCGGGUGUCUUCUGAGGUAAAUGAUGCACUAUAUGAAUUUUGCUGUUUUACACUGCACACUUUUUGUUGUUGUUGUUUUUUCACUCAUUUCAAGUCAUUUGUAAAUUUCUGGUGGGAAAAAUUAUUCAACUUCUAUCAUUUCCUUUUCCAUAAAUCUUGUCUCAAACUUUAAUUAAUGACAUUAUGUUGAAUGUAUGCAAUGUUAUUGUGUUACUUUCUUACAUUAUUGUAUGCAAUGUUAUUGUGUUACUUUCUUACAUUAUCGUAUUACAAUGUUAUUGUAUUACAAAUUGUGCUACUGUAUACAGAUCAGUUAUUUUAAUUAGUCUUAACUGGGGUGUGUACAGUGUUUUGAGACUUUGCAUUGACUCUGGUUCAACAAGAGGGUUUUUUAAAGAUUAUAAUGAAAUGUAAUAGCACUCGUUUGAAUGUUGAACGUUUUAUCCCUUAUUCAGAUUCAUGAACGGUUAAAGCUCCACUUCAGAAUGCUUCUUAUAAAACCUUGCCUGUAAAAGUAAUUGGUUAUCCAUUACUUUAUCCAUUAAUCGGUUAUCCAACA